UAUAAAUACAAACACGAAGUUCCACAAAUAACUAUUUCAGCACAUUCGCUUCAACAUGAGUAAACAAGAACUCUACGACAGAGACCACGCCCAGGACUCUCAAUUCGCCAAGGCCUUACAUGGUGACAGUUACAAGAAGACCGGGUUAAGUGCUUUGGUCGCCAAAGCCAAAAACGCUAGUGAAGUCGCUAACGAAGGAUAUUUCAAGCACUGGGAUGGUGGUGUCUCCAAAGACGAUGAGGAAAAGAGAUUAAACGACUACAACCGGUUGACCCACCACUACUACAAUUUAGUGACCGACUUUUACGAGUACGGAUGGGGAUCCUCGUUCCACUUUUCCAGAUACUACCAAGGAGAAGCCUUUAGACAAGCUACCGCCAGACACGAACAUUACUUGGCCCAUAAAAUGAAUAUUCACGAAAACAUGAAGGUGUUGGAUGUUGGAUGUGGGGUCGGAGGUCCUGCCCGAGAAAUCUGCAGAUUUACUGGAUGUUCGAUUGUUGGAUUGAACAACAAUGAUUACCAAAUCGAAAGAGCUAACCACUAUUCCGAAAAAUACGGCUUGUCCGACAAGUUGUCCUUUGUCAAGGGUGACUUUAUGCAGAUGGAAUUCGAACCCGAAACGUUUGAUGCCGUAUAUGCCAUUGAAGCCACUGUCCAUGCUCCUAAGUUAGAAGGAGUUUACGGAGAAAUCUACAAGGUUUUGAAACCAGGUGGAACCUUCGGUGUGUACGAGUGGGUCAUGACCGACAAAUACGAUGAGACCAAUGAGGAGCACCGGAAAAUCGCUUACGGGAUCGAAGUUGGUGACGGAAUCCCUAAGAUGUACAAAAACGAAGUUGCUCGCGAAGCCUUGAAGACGGUUGGGUUUGAAAUCCAAUACGAAAAGGACUUGGCCGACCAAGAUGACGAAAUCCCAUGGUACUACCCAUUGGCUGGAGAGUUCAAGUACGUACAGCAAUUGAGCGACUACCUUGCGGUUUUCAGAACCUCGAGAAUCGGUAGAUUGAUCACCACCGAAUCGGUUGGGUUGAUGGAAAAACUCGGAUUGGCUCCAAAGGGUUCCAAACAAGUGACCGUUGCUUUGGAGGAUGCUGCUGUGAACUUGGUGGCUGGAGGUAAGCAGAAGUUAUUCACACCCAUGAUGUUGUACGUGUGUAAGAAGCCAUUGGAUGCCAAGUAGACUAGUAAUAUAUAAAGUUUAUUU